AUGCCGAGGUACAACUUCUUACUGUGCUUGAUGGUGCUCAUCUCCCUGGGACAGUCGGGGAGCGAUGAGCCCAAUCUGCUGCUGCCUUCUGCCAGCGAGACGCCCACGGAUGCCGGGCUGUCCCUGCUGGACGAGGACGCCGGUUCCCACGAGUGCUCCGCCUGCGUUUGGAGGGAGCAGAGCAAAGUGCUGAGACUGGAGACCAUCAAGUCCCAGAUCCUGAGCAAGCUGCGUCUGAAGCAGGCGCCCAACAUCAGCCGAGAGGUGGUCAAUCAGCUGCUGCCCAAGGCGCCUCCGCUCCAGCAGCUCCUGGACCAUCACGACUUCCAGGGAGACGCGUCGUCCCAGGAUGAGUUUAUGGAGGAGGAUGAGUACCACGCCACCACGGAGUCCGUGAUCACCAUGGCCUCUGAGCCGGAGCCCCUGGUGCAGGUGAACGGGAAGCCGAGCUGCUGCUUCUUCAAGUUCAGCCCCAAACUGAUGUUCACCAAGGUGCUGAAGGCCCAGCUGUGGGUGUACCUGCGGCCGCUGCAGCAGACCUCCACCGUCUACCUGCAGAUCCUCCGGCUGAAGCCCGUCACAGAGCAGGGCAGCCGCCACAUCCGCAUCCGCUCCCUGAAGAUAGAGCUCAACUCCAGGGUCGGCCACUGGCAAAGUAUUGACUUUAAGCACGUGUUGCAGAACUGGUUCAAACAGCCACACACCAACUGGGGAAUCGACAUCAACGCCUUCGAUGAGAGCGGCAAUGACCUGGCAGUUACCUCGCUGCGACCCGGGGAGGAGGGGCUGCAGCCGUUCCUGGAAGUGAAGGUUCUUGAGACGACCAAACGUUCUCGGAGAAACCUCGGCCUGGACUGCGACGAGCACUCCACCGAGUCUCGCUGCUGCCGCUACCCUCUGACUGUGGAUUUCGAGGCGUUCGGCUGGGACUGGAUCAUUGCCCCCAAACGCUACAAAGCCAACUAUUGCUCCGGCCAGUGCGAGUACAUGUUCAUGCAGAAAUACCCGCACACCCACCUGGUGCAGCACGCCAACCCCCGAGGCUCCGCAGGGCCCUGCUGUACCCCGACCAAGAUGUCCCCCAUUAACAUGCUCUACUUCAAUGACAAGCAGCAGAUCAUUCACGGCAAAAUCCCAGGGAUGGUGGUGGAUAGAUGUGGCUGCUCUUAGGCUGCAGGGGAGACGCACACUUGUGUACAGCCACCAUCGCAUCAAACCACCCAAAACCCUUAUGGAGCUCUCCCCUGGCACCAGAACCCACUCCUCGGCACCAGAUCUCACUUUUGCUAAGCCACAAAAUCAUUUCACUGGGUUUCCAUUUUUCCAGUAAAUAAAUUGAUUCUAACUGUAAGAAAAAAGAAAAAAGUUAUAAAUGAAACAUGAAUCAAAAAAAGGACUGAGUGAUGGAAAUACGGUACAUUAUGAAUGAUUUAAAGAGGUUGUCCUUGUGGAGCAGCUUCAGAAAACGGUAAAUGAGACAAAACUAUGUUAUAGAGUACGUGUUAGUUUUGUGGGUUUUUAAAGAUUUUGUUUUUUAAAUGGCAUCUUUGUGAAAUGUCCAGGUUAGUGGAUUGAGAUGACAGGAGACAUGAGCAUUUACAAUAUUUUUAAAGUAAUUUCAGUCCUGAAGUGAGUUUGGAAAUACUUAAUUUCACAGAUACACUUACUUACGGGUGAGAUUUGAUCCACAACAAUGUUUGCAAGGGGGCAUGAUCAGAAUUAUUUUGCAAUCUAUCACUUUAACAAAAAGAACAAAAUCCGUGCUAAUGUGAGGAGGGUUUACCGUUAGAAAUACUCUUAGUAUAAAUCCAAAAUCUUGUUUACACAUGUUUAGAGAUGUGCUCUAGAGAUGUAAAGUGUUGAGGAGAUCCAAAACCAAACCUAUACCCUCUAUUAAUGUAUAACACCCCAGUGUGACAUUCCCGAGUAUCUACGAAACCUUUCACAGUUACUUUGAUCUUUUUUUAUUUGCAGUCUUGUAAAACUCAAAAAGGAAAAGGGAGAGAGGGGGUUAUACUAUUUUAACUCUAUCUUUCAAAGCGGUUGAUAAAGCCAGUAUAGCUAUUUCUGCCAUUCUGCAAAAGAAGACAAUACAGAUUUAGGUUUCACUUGCACACUAAAGUCUAAAACAAUACUGUAACAUAGAUGCACUCUGAAGUGAUUCAGCACCGCCUGGCAGAGGAGGAGGAGCAGGGUCCUGCAGGAUGACAAGAA